AUGGCGUACUACAACCAAGGCUACCAGCCUCAGCCCAGCUCGACGCCUUCCAAUGCAGCCAACCUCCAAUUCUACUCUUCCUCAUACGGCCAAGGUGUAAGCGGCCACACUACCCCUUCGCAAGCAGCUUAUGGUAGUUAUCCUGCUGCUCCUGCUUCAAACGCAUACCCUGCAUAUGGAUCAGGUGCUCCUGCAAGCUUUGGCGCGCCGCCUGUGUCAGGACGCAUGGGAGAGCAGGGUGGAUUGAGGACUGGUUGGAUUGCUGCUUUUUCAACUGAAGGUUACGAGGGAGAACCUGGACUUAUGGAAGAGUUAGGUGUGAAUUUUGGACACAUAAAAACGAAGACACAAGCAGUUCUCAACCCCCUCUCUCGACCCUCCCCACAUAUCAUGGACGAUUCUGACCUCUGGGGUGCCCUCAUCUAUGUCUGCUCUUACGGAGCUUUCCUUGCUUUAUCCGGAAAAUUCGCCUGGGGCUACAUCUAUGGCAUAGCUCUUUUCGGCAGCAUAGCACUACACUGGAUCUUCGCCCUCAUGACUCCGCCAAUAGACCCAAGUGAGCAACAGCAAGAUCAAUAUCAGCAAUCACAAGGUCUACGAGACCAUGCCGACAGGUCUGGGUCUUUCUCCGCAACCCUGACAUACAGCCGCAGCGCAAGUGUGCUCGGGUACUGUUUCCUGCCUCUGAGUCUCAUCGCUCUGUUUGGUGUCCUGUUGCCAAUGGAUUCGUUUUGGGGCUACUGUUUGACUGCCGCUGCCGUUGGCUGGUGCACGUACAGCAGUAGUGGUAUGUUUGUAUCCGUUGGUAGAAUGAGUGGGAUGAGAGGCUUGGUAGCAUAUCCACUUGCCUUGUUCUACUGUGGGUUCGGUAUUAUGGGUAUCUUCUCCAGUCGAGGCAUAGGACCGCUUGAGGGUAAGCUAGGCUGA